AUGAGCACAAGAGGUACUCGCGGACGGGGUACAACAGGCCAUGGUAGAGGCCAUAGAAGUGCUCGAGCUGAGUCUUCGUCAAUUGGCAACCUGCCUAAUUUGGAUACUAAGGCCACAGAGAGGAUUAUGAAUGAUUUGGAUUGCACUCCUAAGCAGAAGUUAAAGGGUGCUGUAUCGCUGCUACGUGAUGAGGCAUAUCAGUGGUGGCUUACUGUUAAUGAGGGCAUUCAGCCCGAACGACUUUAUGUGGAUGCCCGUUGGCAAAAGUUCAUGAAUCUGACUCAGGGAGAUGUGUCAGUGGCCGAGUAUGAGGCUAAAUUUCUGAGACUGAACCGCUAUGUGCGAGGUAUGGUGGUGGUUGAGCACGAGCGAUGUAGGGAGCGAGACUUUACUGCUCUGGUUGAUAAAGCGAAGAUCGCCGAGGAAGUGAAGUGCAUUGAGUGCCAGAACCGAGAGAGUGGUAGGAGCAAGAGGGAGUCGGAGCCCUCAAGUUUCAUUCAGAGGCCUAAGAAAAAGGCCAGAGUUGAUGGACACCAUCAGGGCGAGUGUUGGAAAAAAACUAGGGCUUGUUUGAAGUGCGGUCCAUUAGAGCACAGUAUUAAAGAGUGUCCGAGGAGGUUUGAUCAGAUGCAAGCUUCUGGUAUGGGUACUGCACCACCAUCGAGGGUAGUUCAGCAGCCACCAAGAGGCCGUGGUCAGGCUAGAGAUGGUAAUGGGUUGCGCUGUGCUUGUACUGUGUCCGAGAACUUGGGUAUCUUGGUUGAGAGUACUGCAAGUGUGGUGACUGUACUGAGUUUGCUGGGACAAUCAGUAAGGGCUAUUUUUCUGGAUGAUCUAAUGGAACUGCCUUUUGGAGAGUUUGAUCUGAUACUAGAAAUGGACUGGUUGGUUAAACACCGAGUGAGCUUAAAUUGUGCCACAGAAAGAGUGGUGCUGAGAACUGAGGAGGAUAGCGAAGUAGUCCUAAUUGGGGAACGUCGAAACUACUUAUCAAAUGUGAUUUUUGCAUUGAGGGCGGAAAAGUUGGUUCGUAAGGGAUGUGAGGCAUAUCUGGCCUACAUCAUUGUUUCAAAUUCUGAGGAUUCUUAUGUAAAGGAUAUCAGGACGGUUAAGGACUUGUGGAGUAGAGUUCGGGAUUGA